AUGGAAAACUCCAAAAGAGGGUUUAUUCCUAUGCAACAUGGCAUUAAACUUUGCAAGACUAUGUGCCCAUCGAGUUCAGAAGACUUCAAGCGUAUGAAUAAUGUUCCUUAUGCUUCUGCAAUAGGAUCAAUCAUGUAUGCUAUGAUAUGUACUCGACCAGAUGUUGCAUUUGCUUUGAGUAUGUGCAGCAGAUACCAGUCCAAUCCAGGAGAUGCACACUGGAUAGCAACGAAAAAUAUCCUCAAGUACUUGAGAAGGACAAAGGAUAAUUUUCUGGUAUAUGGCGGAGCUAAUGAGUUGUUUGUCACUGGAUACACUGAUGCAAGUUUCCAAACUGACAAAGAUGACUUUCGAUCCCAAUCUGGUUUCAUAUUUUGUCUGAAUGGAGGAGCUGUGAGCUGGAAGAGCUCCAAGCAGAGUUCAGUUGCAGAUUCUACAACAGAGGCUGAAUACAUAGCAGCAGCUGAAGCAGUAAAAGAGACUGUUUGGAUUAAAAAGUUCAUUAGUGAACUGGGUAUAGUUCCUAGCAUUGAGAAUGGAAUCAAGUUGUAUUGUGAUAACGAAGGUGCUAUUGCUCAAUCCAAGGAACCUAGAUCUCACCAAAAAUCUAAACAUGUUGAAAGAAAAUUCCAUCUUAUUCGAGAAAUUGUUGGAAGACAGGAUGUAAUAAUAAGUAGAGUUGAUACCACGGAUAACAUAGCAGAUCCGUUGACUAAACCACUCCCUCAGCCGAAGCAUGAGAGUCAUACUAGGUCUAUGGGGCUUAAGCAUAUGGGAGAAUGUCUUUAG